ACACCCAUUCAUUCACAACUUCUGCUCUAUCGCGCCUGGCAAACCUCCCGCAAACGAACCAACAGUCGGAGCCGAAUCUGUGGGCAUAGAUACUUCGUAACAGUCCUUGCAUAUUCCGCCCUGCCGCGACAGAACCCGACUAGCAGGCCGGACGCCGCAAGGUAGCCCCAAGGGCAUAUGCCUCACUUGCCACAGAUGCUUGGUUUGCUCCAGACGUAAACGUUUCCCGAAACGGGACAUGGAAAGGCAAGCAUGCGUCGCGUCGUCGUGACCGGCCUCGGGGCCAUUACGCCCCUUGGAGUCGGCGUCCGGCGCACCUGGACCCGACUUCUCGCCGGAGACUCUGGCAUCACGAGCGUCGCCUCUCGGGAGCCGCGAGCCCGUUGGCAGGAACUGACCAGCACGGUCGCCGGUGUCGUGCCUUGCGGCAAUGCCGACGGCCAGUGGAGCGCGGCCGACUGGCUCACAACCGCCGAGCAGCGUCGCAUGUCCCUCUUUACCCAGUACGCGAUUGCAGCCAGUGAAAUGGCGCUCAAGGAUGCCGGGUGGGAGUCUGCCAGCGAGGAGGGCAAGGAGGCGACGGGCGUGUGUCUGGGCAGCGGUAUCGGCAACCUCGAGGAGAUUUACGAGACCAGCCUGGCACAUCAACGAGAUGUGAGGGCUGUUGCGAACCUCGGCAUCAGUUCCGUUGCGCUGACUGCAUUUGUCACAGGGCUAUAAGAAGGUGUCGCCCCUGUUCGUCCCCAAGAUCCUCAUCAACAUGGCCGCGGGACACAUUGCCAUGAGGCAUGGGUUCCAGGGCCCGAAUCACGCGGCGACUACGGCCUGCACGACGGGUGCGCACUCUAUUGGCGAUGCGUCUCGGUUCAUCGCACUUGGGGACGCCGACGUGAUGUUAGCGGGGGGAUCCGAGUCCUGCAUUCACCCGCUUACCUUUGCCGGCUUUGGUCGCGCCCGGUCGUUGUCGACGGCCUUCAACGACAACCCCACCAGCAGCUGCCGUCCGUUUGAUGCGGGCCGGAACGGCUUUGUCGUGUCCGAAGGGGCAGCCGUGUGUGUCCUCGAAGAGCUGGAGCACGCCAAGGCGCGGGGCGCCAAUAUCUACGCCGAGGUGCGAGGGUACGGGUGCAGCGGCGACGCCUACCACAUGACGGCGCCGAGAGAAGACGGCAACGGUGCAUACCUCGCCAUGAAGCGCGCGCUGAGGAGCGCAGGGAUUCGGCCGUCGCAAGUGGACUACAUCAACGCCCACGCUACUGGGACGCAGGUGGGAGACGUGGCCGAGGCUGCGGCGAUCCGUCGUCUAAUGUUGGGCGAGGGGGGAGUCUCAUCGGAGGCGCAAGUCACCGUGAGCAGCACCAAGGGAGCCAUUGGGCACCUCCUUGGUGCCGCAGGAGCCAUCGAAGCCCUUUUCUGCAUCCUGGCCGUGCAUGAGGUCCGAAGCAGCGGUCCAUCGAUUACUGUUGCCGCAUCGUUGCUAACGUAUAACACAGGGCAUGAUACCAGCUACGCUCAACCUCGAGCAGCCAGAUGUGGGCAUCGACUUCAAUUUUGUGCCCUUGGAAGCGCAGCGGAAAAAGGUUGGCGUAGCCGUAACCAACAGCUUCGGAUUUGGAGGCACCAACAGCAGCCUCGUGAUAUCUCGGUUCGAAUGAGUCGCAGAACCGUACCACCAUGUACCGCCACGUACUUUGUAUAAUUUGUACACUGCGCUUUAGACUUGUCUGAGUCCUGGCAGCGAUGUAAGGGCAUCUGGGUGGGGUAUGAGGAUAGAAACGCAAAUUUGACGCAAACUCUGGGCUUGGUCAAAAGCCCAGGUCCCGUUACGAAGUGCAGUAUAGAUGUCAAUGAAGUCGCACCAACCAGCGUCAGCGACGCCACAGC